AUGUUAAAAUAAUCAACUUAGGCUUUAUUGGAGACUACAAUUACGAUUAUUGUGAUGAUUGUAAAAAAGUAAUUAGAGAUCUAUUAAUUUAAUAUUAUUAAAGUUCAAUACCUGCAGAGAAUGGAUAUUAAACAUCAACUUAUUCAUAUUAAUUUCCUAUAACAAAGAAAUAAAAGGCAAAUAAAGAUUAUAAAUUACAAUAACUUGGAAAUGAAUAUUCAUGGUUGUUAAUACAAUUACAUUAUUUUCAAUAUUCAAUAUGAACAAAGAAUAAUAAUGAAGAGCCAAUACUUUCUAUUUUUUCCCUCAAUAGAUUAAAUUAAAUUUGUUAAUUGGACUAUAAAUAUUUAUUUCUCUGGUACUUAAUUUUCUUUUUCUUGGGAUUAUACAAAAAAUAAUUUAAGAGGAUCUAUUAAUGAUAUUUAAUUUUAACUAUUAUACAAAUCAUAAAUUGAUUCAUUUAAACCUUCAUGUCAUUAUUCUUGUUUAACAUGA